AUGACGAAAGGAAUGGCUUGGCAUCAUGUUCCAACAGACUUGAAUCCGGCGGAUGUGGUAUCGCGCGGAUGUACCCCCAAAGAAUUGCUGGAGCACUCCCUUUGGGCAAAUGGACCUCCAUUUCUACUGAAAGGAGCGUCGAACGUAGAUGCAAUAAAGAACCUUCCGGAACGGCGUUCUACGGCGCUUAUUGGAACCGUUGGCACUGACAUAUCUAUCAACUGCAAGUUUCUCAACUCAUUCGACAAGUUGCAGCGUGUUUUCGCGUACAUUUAUCGAUUCAUUUCAAACUGCAGAGCCAAAUCAUUACCUUCAACCAUCUAUCUUACCGUUGACGAGAUCAGCUUCGGAACCGUUCUGCUUCUAAGGAGCAUUCAACAGGUUCACAUAGCGGUGGAGUAUGAGGUUCUUAGCCAAGGCAAGCCUUGUCCUCCGAAGAGCAAGUUGAUUUCUCUGAAGCCAAUACUUAGCUCUGAGGGUUUACUUCGUGUUUUUGAAAGGCUUCAAAAUGCGAGCUUGGACUACGAGGUUAAGCAUCCGAUAUUGUUACCCAAGGAUCAUCCGGUCACCGGAGCGAUUAUCGUCUAUUAUCAUGAGAAAUACUUCCACGCAGGGCCACAGGCGUUGCUCGCUGCUUUACGGCAAAGGUAUUGGCCACUUGGAGGCCGAAAGUUCGUGGCUAGCGUCAUCAACAAAUGCUUCAGAUGCUUUCGGAUGAAGCCUGGGGCUUCGGAACACAUGAUGGGUAGCCUGCCAGUAGAUCGAGUUCAGCCUAACCCAGCUUUUCACACCACAGGAGUGGACUAUUGUGGACCGUUCUAUCACAAGUCAGAGGCCCGGAACAAAGCACCCCACAAGUGCUACAUCGCCGUCUUUGUCGGCUUUUCGACGAAGGCUGCGCACUUGGAAGUCGUCCAGGAUCUCACAACGGAUUCUUUCAUUGCAGCUUUGAGAAGAUUCAUUAGCCUCAGAGGCCGUCCACGUACUAUUUGGAGUGAUAAUGCGACAAACUUUGUUGGCGCUAAACGAGAGCUAGCGGAACUGAAGGAGUUAUUUUUGAGCGAACCGCACACGGCUUCGAUAACUUCUUCCUGCUUAGCGAAUGGGAUUGAUUGGAAGUUCAAGCCCCCGCGUGCCCCACAUUUCGGUGGUCUAUGGGCCUCCCAUGUAAAAUCGGCAAAAUUUCACUUCUACCGAGUUGUCGGUGCAGCCAUCUUAGCCCUUGAUGAAUUAAGAACUCUUGCAUAUGAAAUUUCUGCCAUUCUUAACUCCCGUCCGCUUUGUCCAAUUUCAGAAAACGCUGACAAUUUUGAGAUGCUAACGCCAGCGCAUUUCCUCAAAGGUUCCAGCUACACAAGGUUUCCUGAGCCUGACGUUACUCAUCUUUACGAAGGCCGGCUAAGCAGUUAG